GUUUUCAUUUUGGGAAGAAUUUUUCCUAAACACAAGUGGUCACUGUUUUCUAAAUUUAUAAAAAAUGGCUAAGCCAAAGGUAGAAGAUGCAGCCGACGAUGCUAAAAAAGUAGUAGACGAUGCUAAAAAUUUCAUCGAAAAGGCCAUCUCGGACAUCGGUAAAACUUCAGCUACAAAGCAACUAAUUUUAGGAACUGCGUCAGGAUGGAUUACUGGCUUUCUUACAAUGAAAAUUGGGAAAAUCGCCGCAGUUGGUGUAGGUGGAGGGGUGAUUCUACUACAUAUUGCCAGCCAAAAGGGUUACAUUGAUAUAAAUUGGGACAAAAUCACAAAGAAAGUGGAUAAAAUUACGGACAAAAUUGAAAAAGAAGCAACAGGAAAGUCACCAGACUGGUUUAAUAAAGUUGAAAGAUUUGUGGAUCGCAAGCUGGAUAAGGCUGAAGAUCUGUUGAAAAGAAAGGAAGUGAAGGCUAAGCGUUGGUAUAAUAAUUUUGUUGGUGAUGACCAUUACCGUGCAACAGAAUCCCAUGUUUUCUUGGCAUCCUUUGUUGCUGGAAUGGCUGUUGGAUUAAUCUGUGGAAAUUAAGUAUUAAUUAUCUCAAAUAAUUGCUUAUCCAAAUUUUAAUUUAUAAUCGCAAAAAUUACUUAUUCCUUGUAUUAGCUGUAGGAUUUAAACUGUAUUAUUGUAAUUACUAUUAUUAAUUAAGGAAAUUAAAAUUAUUAGAAUUA